GUGUGUACACGUGUGUGCGAGGAGGCCGUGGGCAGGUGCUGACUUGGGUGCUCAGGGAGCUGCGCCCCCGCGGGCGAGACGGACGCUGAACAGGCCCCGCGUCCUCGCGGUUGGGGUGUGCUCGGGAGAGACCGUCCGGAACCGGGGACGGGGGCGGGGGAGCGGGGUCAGGUGCGGAGGUCACGGAGGCGUGGCCAAAGUAAGGCGCGAGCCGGACUCCCAGGACUGAGGGGGAAGCGGCCGGAGACGCAGCGGGGCGAGGGGCGCAGCCGCGUGCGCGCCCCCGGGGAGCGGGAGGUCCGCCUGCAGGGCGCGGAGGGGCUUCUGCGGCAGAAUGGCGCGACCGGAGCUGCCGCGGAGACCGCAGCCACGCGGUGCAGUCUGCUCCCCCAGACUGCCUUUGUCCUAGUGGUGGCGGGAGGCUGCUGCAAGGAUUGGAAGGUUCCAACGGGGACACAGGAUGGCUGGCCAGAGGAACAAGAGCGGCAGCAACCGAGAGGGUAGUGUGUAAAGGGGGAGGUGCAGUCAUAGGUGCUGCGUGAUGGAACGGCUGAAAAGGUCCCACUGACUUCGGCAGGUACAGGCUUUGGUGACAGUUGGGCCAGGCCAGCGGGGAAUGAAAGGACCAUUCAGCCAUCGGAGAGGUUGAAGAUUCAAGAAUGUGAAUUUAACCCCGCCCCACCCCCGGGCCUGCUCUACAGCAGAACAAAGUGAUCAAGUUUAUGUAGUUUAUUUGAUCAAAAUAGUUGCCCUGUCAAGCUUCUUCCUCCUCCUAGUCAUUAGUGCCUGAACUUGAAGCCAAAGAAGACCCUGCAGAUGGGCCCCUGCGGUGACGUGAGGGCCUUGUCUUGUUUCAUCAGAGGGCUAGGUGUGUGUCACAAAGACAGUACUGAGAUUUUUAGGAAAAAAUACUGUUAUACUUCAUGCAAAGCGAACUGGGUAGAGAUCAAAAUGUAUUUUGUAUAAAAUAUUACAAUUUUUCAAAGAUUAGAACAGGUAUUUGUUACUAUGGAGCUGCUGUCAUUUCCGUUUUCAGACUCGGCAGCCUUUUAACUGAUGAAGAGCAAGGCUUUGUCUUCUGUAGUUCUGAGGUGACGUGAGUCACCCAGUGAGAAAACUAAGUCCAGUUAAGAUACAGGCAUUAGGGGUAGAGGCUGAAAUGGACCCUGGAGAGGCUUCAUUGGCUUUCCUGCUUCUUUUGCAUCUCGAAGCAUAAGCUUAAAGCAUCUCAGAAGGACAAGGUCCGCCAGUUCAUGGCGUGUACGCAGGCUGGCGAAAGAACUGCUAUCUACUGCUUAACGCAGAAUGAGUGGAAACUGGACGAGGCCACGGACAGCUUCUUCCAAAACCCAGACUCCUUCCACAGGGAGUCCGUGCGGAACGUGGUGGACAGGAAGAAGCUGGAGCAGCUGUACGGCAGGUAUAAAGACCCACAGGAUGAAAACAAAAUUGGAAUUGAUGGGAUCCAGCAGUUUUGUGAUGAUUUAAGCCUAGACCCUGCCAGCAUCAGCGUUUUGGUCAUAGCCUGGAAGUUCAGGGCAGCAACGCAAUGUGAAUUUAGCAAAAAGGAAUUUGUAGAUGGCAUGACAGAGCUUGGGUGCGAUAGCACAGAGAAGCUAAAGGCUCUUCUGCCAAGACUGGAACAAGAGCUUAAGGACACAGCGAAGUUUAAAGACUUUUAUCAGUUUACCUUUACCUUUGCUAAGAACCCUGGGCAGAAAGGUUUAGAUUUAGAAAUGGCUGUUGCAUAUUGGAAAUUAGUAUUAUCUGGAAGGUUUAAAUUUUUGGAUCUUUGGAACACGUUCUUACUGGAACAUCACAAAAGAUCAAUUCCAAGGGACACUUGGAACCUUCUGCUGGAUUUUGGAAACAUGAUUGCAGAUGACAUGUCUAACUACGAUGAAGAAGGGGCCUGGCCGGUUCUCAUAGACGAUUUUGUAGAGUAUGCGCGGCCAGUAGUCACCGGCGGGAAACGCAGCCCUUUCUAGGCGGAGAAUGGAGAUGGGUGGAGAUGAUAAAGUGAACCGCACCUGCGUGGAGACAGCCUGGGCAGGGCUGCGCAGUCGCGCCGACGGCGGCAGCAGGAGCCUCUGCUGUGCGUGUGGGUGCCGUGAGGAGCUCCUCAGAAGAUAGCUGCUUUGGGGUGCUCGGAGAUCGGUCAUCAUAGCUGCUGCUUUAGGAGAUUUCUGCAUGACCUUUAUGUUUACCAAAAGUCACAGCCUGCUUGCAGGAGCGCAGCGCGUGCCGUGCGCCUCGUGGGUCAAGAGGAGCACCAGCAGUCAGCAAACCCCUGCUGAAAUACGUUGUAACAUCACUGAAAGCAGACUGUGUCCGCGGUGGGAUGUUGUAUUUUUACGUGCGUCACAGCUGUUAAAAAUGUGCCCUGCAGAAGAGGAUCUUGCCACGGAGUCCAGUGUUUUUUAAAGUUGGUGCCAGUAAUUAAAGAUUUAUAUUUUUGAAUUAUGAAAUACCAAGAUUUACCAGAUCUAUUUUUCUUUUCAUUUUCUCUAGAUGUUCAUCUGAAAAUCAUUUUAUAGUUUUUAACACGUCGUGACAGUGCACAGCGUCGGCCCAGGGAGUCAGUCCAGCAGAGCUGUGUUUUAAACUGUGCAAGUCCGUGGGCUGUUUUACUUCCAGUAGUGUUGUUUGAACCUCCUGAGGAGUUUCGUAAGGUAUUUUUUAAAAUAUAUUUUAUUAUAUUUAAAAAGAUGUUUUUCCAUGGAGAGAGUCUUUCUUUAAUGAGUGAUGAAUUAGAGAUUUGAACACCAAAUGAGUUGACUCCUCUCACCAGUCCGUGACACCCACAACAUCUGGCAUCCUGCCCUUUGUACAGUGUGCACACUUGGAAGCUAAAAUGUACAUCGUUGUCCAGAAAAUCCCUGAACCUCUGUCGUGUUGGUGGGCCAAGGUCUCUCCUCUCACCAUGUUGGCCAGGUCAGGCAGGGCUGGCCGUCACGGCCCAGGCGGGAGCCCCUGCGCCCACAUCCCUAACAUCGGGUUGUGGACGUAUGUGUUGACCCUGCCUCACGCCUGCCCAGACCUUCACGCCAUGGCGGGCCUUGCUGCCCUGCCCGCAGCAGAGCGGGAGCGUCGCUGGGUUGCGUGGGGAGGAGAGUCUGGCAGGCGUGCUGUGCACAAAGCGCCCAGACCUGCGGCUUGACCGGCUUCACGAGUGGGACUCGCGGCGUGCUUUGGGACACGUCUCCUUACCACCUGAGUCUCGUGAGCUCUGCCACCGUGUGAACUGCUGAUGCUUCUGAACGGGACUCCUGCACACGGGGUAGCAGGGCUCGGAGGACUGGAAGAGACUUGCAGCCUAGAGACCCCAGCCCAGGCUGGCUCUUCCCCGGCCGUGUGGCAGGCAAGCCGCGUGGCCGUCCCCAAGCCCUGCGUCUGCAUCUGCAGAGGGCAGCUGGGCCGGCUCUGCCUUGACAGUCUGUGACUCUCAGCAUUUGUUUAAUAGAAUAAAACAUCAGAAUGUUAAA